AUGUCUAGUUAUGUCAUUCCUGACCCCAGCUUCCUUCUUCCCACUGACAACCCCAAACCCAACACUAUCGCCUCAUGCAAACAUACUUCCAACAUGGAUGUCACCAAGACACGUUCAGCUGACAAGUCAAAGAAGGCUCGGAGUCGGGCUGUCGCAGCACGUAUCACAACUACGGUGCUGAGUAGCAGUGCCAGUGAUCUUGAGGAUGCUGAUACGACCAUUAUUUCCUGCAACAUCAACCAGCACAUCGAAGACACAUUCGACACAUUCAGGAAAGAAGUGCUCAUAGACAGGUAUUUUCUUGCGGCUCGCCCAAUGUAA